AUGGAGUUAAACUUUUAUCACCAGCUGGUUGCUAUGCUAUUUAUGUUUGGUCGAGGUUUAGGCAAAAGUAAAGAAGCAGAGAUAAAGAGGAUAAAUAAAGAACUAGCGAACAUUCGGUCAAAAUUUAAGGGUGACAAGGCUCUGGAUGGUUACAGUAAGAAAAAAUAUGUCUGCAAACUGCUUUUCAUCUUUCUCCUUGGGCAUGACAUUGACUUUGGUCACAUGGAGGCUGUAAACCUGCUCAGUUCCAAUAGAUAUACAGAGAAACAAAUUGGAUAUCUCUUCAUCUCCGUACUAGUGAACUCUAACAGUGAGCUGAUUCGCUUAAUAAACAAUGCGAUCAAGAAUGAUCUGGCCAGCCGCAACCCCACCUUCAUGGGGCUUGCUCUGCAUUGUAUUGCUAAUGUGGGUAGCCGGGAGAUGGCGGAAGCAUUUGCUGGAGAAAUUCCCAAAAUACUUGUAGCUGGAGAUACUAUGGAUAGUGUGAAGCAGAGUGCUGCCUUAUGCUUGCUGCGUUUAUACAGAACUUCUCCUGACCUUGUCCCCAUGGGAGACUGGACGUCUAGAGUGGUGCACCUCCUCAAUGACCAGCACUUGGGUGUGGUUACUGCAGCUACAAGUCUGAUCACCACUUUGGCACAGAAAAACCCAGAAGAGUUUAAAACUUCAGUUUCCUUGGCAGUGUCUAGAUUAAGCAGAAUUGUAACUUCUGCAUCCACGGAUCUUCAGGACUAUACGUACUACUUUGUUCCUGCUCCUUGGUUAUCUGUGAAACUUCUGAGGCUGUUACAGUGCUAUCCACCUCCAGAAGACCCUGCGGUACGUGGUCGUCUAACAGAAUGCCUGGAAACUAUUCUUAACAAAGCACAGGAGCCACCAAAGUCAAAAAAAGUACAACACUCAAAUGCCAAGAAUGCUGUGCUCUUUGAGGCAAUAAGCUUAAUUAUACAUCAUGACAGUGAGCCAAAUCUACUAGUCCGUGCCUGUAACCAGCUAGGUCAGUUCUUGCAACACCGAGAAACUAAUUUGCGUUACCUAGCACUGGAAAGCAUGUGCACGCUUGCCAGCUCUGAAUUCUCACAUGAGGCUGUGAAAACACACAUAGAAACAGUUAUCAAUGCAUUGAAGACUGAAAGAGAUGUAAGUGUACGACAAAGAGCUGUAGAUCUCCUGUAUGCAAUGUGUGACCGAAGUAAUGCACAACAGAUUGUGGCUGAAAUGCUGAAUUACUUGGAGACUGCUGAUUAUUCCAUUAGAGAAGAAAUUGUUCUGAAAGUUGCAAUUCUAGCUGAGAAGUAUGCAGUGGAUUAUACCUGGUAUGUGGAUACAAUCCUGAAUCUGAUUCGUAUUGCUGGUGACUAUGUCAGUGAAGAAGUGUGGUAUCGAGUUAUUCAGAUUGUCAUCAACAGGGAUGAUGUUCAAGGGUAUGCAGCAAAGACUGUUUUUGAGGCCCUUCAAGCUCCAGCAUGCCAUGAGAAUCUUGUAAAAGUAGGUGGCUACAUCUUGGGAGAAUUUGGAAAUCUGAUAGCAGGUGAUCCAAGAUCAAGUCCCCUCAUCCAGUUCAACUUGCUACAUUCCAAGUUUCAUCUGUGCAGUGUUCCUACCCGAGCUCUGCUUCUGUCUACCUACAUCAAGUUUGUGAACCUGUUUCCAGAAAUCAAAACUACAAUUCAAGAUGUAUUACGCAGUGACAGUCAGCUAAAGAAUGCUGAUGUUGAGCUGCAGCAGAGAGCUGUUGAGUAUUUGAGGCUCAGUACUAUUGCCAGUACUGAUAUACUG